AUGCACUUCCAAUCGCGCGUAUCCACAACCACCGUUCACGAACUCCUCUUCGCCGACGACUGCGCCCUAAACACCACCUCGGAAGAGGAGAUGCCACGGAGCGUGGACCUGUUCUCCGCCGCCUGCGAGAACUUCAGUCUGGUCAUUAACACGCAGAAGACGGUGGUGAUGCACCAACCGCCACCCAACUCGGCCAAAGCCCCCAACGCGCCGCCGCAAAUCAGCGUGAAUGGGACCCACCUGCAAGUGGUGGACAACUUCCCGUACCUGGGCAGUACUCUCUGCCGCAACAUCAAGAUCGACGACGAAGUCGCCAACAGGAUCUCGAAAGCCAGUCAAGCCUUCGGUCGCCUCCAAAGCACAGUUUGGAAUCGCCACGGUCUUCAGCUGAGCACAAAGCUGAGGAUGUACAAGGCCGUCAUCCUGCCGAACUACUGUAUGGAGCGGAGACUUGGACGGUGUACGCAAAGUAGGCACGUCGUCUGA